AUGGGCAAACGGUCGAUACCCCAGUCCCGGCUUCGCCUGGCGUGGCUCGACUCCGCCCUCAUCGUCGCCAAGCUGCUCGGGGCGGACGGCAAUCGGAGAGGGGGCGCCUCCAUCAAGACGCUCACCCUCCGCGACGACGUGCGGCUGAAGAGGCCGACGCACGCGCUGGUGUGCGAGACUCUGAAGCACGUGCCCAUCACCAGGCUCGCGCUGGAGCGCGCGGGGGUGGCGCUCGCGCCGGAUUUUAACGCGAGGAGCGACGGCGUCGGCGCGCGCGGGGCCGAGGCGCCCCACGGCGCCGCCGCCGACGAGGACGGAUUCUACGCGCGCCUGCGCGCCCCGGAGGCGGACGGGGACGCGGUCCCGCGCCGCCACGUCCGCGUCAACACCCUCAAGCUGUCGGUGGACGAGGCGACGCGAAGGUUGGCCAGUCACCGACCCAAACGAGACCCCCACGUGUCCGACGUGUUAGUCUUUAAACCGGGCACAGACCUCCACGACCACCCGAUGGUCCGUUCCGGCGAGAUCGUCCUGCAGGGCAAGGCGAGCUGCUUACCCGCGGCGGCGCUUGGCCCGAAGCGCGGGUGGGACGUCGUCGACUGCUGCGCGGCGCCGGGGAAUAAGACGACGCACCUCGCCGCGUUGGUCGGCGAUCGCGGGCGCGUUCGAGCCUUCGACGCCGACGGCAAACGGCUGAAACGGCUCGCGCGAAACGUAUCGACCGCGGGCGCGGGUGCCAUCGUCGACGCGAAACGCGCGGACUUUCUCGAGGUGGACCCGCUCGAUCCGGAGUACGCGGGGGUGCGGGCGGUGCUCCUGGAUCCGUCGUGUUCGGGCAGCGGCACGGCGGGGACGAGGGGCGACUACCUCAUAGCCGCCGCGCGGGGCGAGAAGGACGACCCAACGCGCGGGCACCACCUGAGGCCGGAUAAACGCGUGGACGCGUUGGCGCAGUUCCAGCUCAGGGCUUUGCUCCACGCGUUUGAGUUCCCGGCGGCGGAGAGGCUGAGCUACAGCACGUGCAGCGUCCACGAGGCGGAGAACGAGGCGGUGGUUCGCGCGGCGCUUCCCCGCGCCGCCGAGCUCGGGUGGAGGCUGUGCGCGGCGAUGCCGGAGUGGCCGAGGCGGGGGUUGGAUGGUGCCGUCGAGGGUGCCGAGUGUUUGAUCCGCGCGGACCAGUUCGAGGACGACAUGGAGGGAUUCUUCGUGGCGGUUUUCGUUCGA